GUCUCCCUGUGAGGAUCCUCUCUCCCCAUUCUUCUCCUUUUCCCACUGAGCGCGCUCUCUCUCUCUCUUUCUCUCGCGUUAUGGAGCUCGUGGCCGAUUAGGGUUAUCUUGGUGCUCACUGGUUCUAAGAAUCAGGAGAAGGAAGAAGAGCAAGGGAGAGGGGAGAGAAGCGCAGCUGCUCCCUUGCUUCUGCGAGGAGAUGAAGUCCUCAUUCAAGAAGCUUCGCGGCUUUGCCCUGCACAAGAGCGACGCAAAAGUUAAGCGGAGUCCCCAGCGGUUUUCUCAGAUCGACGAGCUCGCUCGAGCGACGCAGGACAUGCAAGACAUGAGAAACUGUUACGACAGCUUAUUUGCUGCAGCUGCUGCCACUGCAAAUGCUGCAUAUGAAUUUUCAUUGUCAUUGAGGGAGUUGGGUUCCUGUCUCCUAGAGAAGACUGCUUUAAAUGAUGAUGAGGAUACUGGCAGGGUCUUGUUAAUGCUUGGGAAAGCACAAUAUCAGAUCCAGAAGUUUGUUGAUAGCUAUAGGUCACAUAUUUCCAAGACAAUUACGAGUCCAUCUGACUCUCUUCUCAAUGAACUUCAAAUACUAGAGGACAUGAAACGGCAAUGUGAUGAUAAAAGAGAUGCGUAUGAAUAUAUGGUGGCUUCUCAGUCAGAAAAAGGAAGAUCAAAAAAUGCUAGAGAAAACGUUUCACCUGAAAAGUUGAAAGCUGCUCUAGACGAAUAUGAAGAUGAAGCAACUUUGUUUAUUUUCCGCUUGAAAUCAUUGAAGCAAGGUCAAUCCAGGAGUCUUUUGACACAGGCUGUUCGGCAUCAUGCUGCACAGAUGAACCUUUUCAAAAAAGGUUUCAAGUUUCUAGAGUCAGUUGAGCCCCAUGUCAAAGUUGUUACAGAGCAACAGCAGAUUGAUUAUCAGUUUAGUGGACUUGAGGAUGAUGAUGCUGAAGAUGGUGAUGAUGAGAGUUAUGAUGCCAAUGAUGAUGGAGAACUUUCUGAUUUCGAACAACCACAUCAUGUACCCAAAACUAUCAGUACAAUGAGGCAUAUGGAUUUAGAUGAUCGACUGGAUCAUGCUUCUAUUCCAACUGUGCCAACUGAACCCUCUCAGGGAAUUCAAGGAAAGGUUCAGAGGGAUUCUUGUGCAUCUACUUCUCCUAAUGAUGGUUGCCAUUCUGCACCCAUUCUGGCGUAUCAUGAUAAGAAGAGUGAUACUGAAGACUUGAGGGAAGUAAAGCCAUCAGCAGCAAGGAAAUUGAACACAUAUGUGCUGCCAACACCUGGUGAUGCCAAAAGUACCUUGUCUGCUAGUAGAGCUCCUCCUGGAAGACAGAUUAACGUAGAUCUGCAAGCAUGUAGUCUAUUCCAUUCAUUACCCUUAGGACCGAAAAAGCAGGCAGGAGAUAAUGUAGCUGACCAAUCGUCUGGAGCACAAAAUUUAUCACAAUUACAUUCCUUACUGAAAGAAAGCAACACCAAUAAUGUCACUGGUCGAGCCUCUGUGCAUUUGGGAGAGGGGGUUUCACUGCAUACAUCUGACUGGAGAAAUUUUUCUGAUAAUAAAAAGAUCAAGAGACAAGCCUUCUCUGGUCCAUUGACAGGUAAGCCAUUAUCAAAUAAACCCAUUCCAUCUGCUGGUGGUUCUACAGCCUCUCUAGAGCCCUCUGUGCUAGUAUCUGGAGCGUUUGCCCGGAUCCCUGUGUCUCAGCGGCCUCCUCCCUCCAAAGUCUCACCGUCUUCUUCACCUCCACUUAUGUCUUCACCAAAAAUAAGUGAACUCCACGAGCUUCCAAGACCUCCAGGUGGCAUGGCCAAGAAUGAUGUUUCAUCCAAGGGAAGUCUGGUUGCCCAUUCUGCCCCUUUGGUUUCUAGAAGUCAACAGCGUUCGUUGGCAGAAAAACAUUCAGCGAGAACAACAGCUACAGCGUCUCCAUUACCAAGACCUCCAGCCACUAUGGCCCGCAGUUUCUCCAUACCUUCAAGAGGUGGUCAAAGAACAGAAAUGAUCAACUACCUAGAUCCUCCUCCUGUGGACCUGAGCUUGGAGGUUUCUUCACCUCCUUUGACACCACUCGCAUUUCCAACCAGCCAACCAAAAAUUGCUACCGUGGAGGUGACUGCUAAAGCAACAGAGUGACAGGACCAUGCAAAGCAGCUGGUGUACGUUUUCUCUGGGUGAAGCACGGCUAGGGUGGAGCAAGAUCCCCAUGUAAAUAACCUGUGUACCAUCCGAUUCGGUCUUUUGGCAGCUCUGGGCUAUUAAUCCUGUUCAGUAGUUAAUCGAUAUUAAAAAUAAUGAGGUGUAUAGGUGGCGAUGUAUGUAAAAUUGUAAGAUACCGGAUUAGUAAGAAAUGAGAAAGCUCAUUUGUCUCCUUUGCUAAUUGAAUAUAAGGUUUUGAUCGCUGACCUUUCCA